ACAAAUUAUGACAACCACCCAUUUUUUUAUAAGAGAAAUUUAAUUAACGCUAAACGCAACUGUUAUUAUCUAAAAACUAAAUACUGAAGUGUAAUCGGCAGGUAUAGGAUAUUAAGUAAGUGGCAGGAUAAUAUUGUACCGAAAUUAUUGAAUCUUCGACAUUUGGUAACUAUGGCCACAUUGGAGGACAAAAUCCUUGGUGAAAAACUGCAUAACUACUGCAGUAGCAGUGAGGAUGAGGGCUCUGAAGACGAAGGUAGUGGAGAUGAAGAGAAGACUAUAAAAACAUCAGUCACAGCAGAGCCACCUCCUGUCAACAAUUGGAAUGGAUCUGCUAGCAAUACAGGACCCAAAGGUGUGCUUGAGGAUUGGCGAAGGUUUAAACAAUUAGAAGCAGAAAACCGGAAAGAACUGGAAAGAGAGCGCAUUGCACUUGCCAAAAAACUUACUUUAACAGUCAAAACAGAAGCAGAAGAUGAUGCAGACAAGGAAAGAGAUGAAAUUGAAGAUGAACUAAAUGAAUUAAUUGAUGAAGGUUUUCUUAUGAAAUACCAACAACAAAGAAUGCAAGAACUUAUGGCUAAGUUACAGAAAGCUCCAAAGUUUGGUAAAGUGACAACUUUGAAGAGCCAAGAUGAGUUUCUGAAUGCCAUUGACAAGGAAGACCCAAAAAUUGCAGUGAUAGUUCACAUUUACAGUGACAAAAAAAGAGCAUGUCAAACAAUGGAUGGUUGUAUAAAUGUUUUAGCAACCGAAUAUCCUACAACUAAGUUUUGUCGGAUUGCUGCUGAUAUCACUGGUUUAAGCCGUCAUUUUCGUGUUGAUGGAGUACCGGCAUUACUGGUGUAUAAAGGUGGUCAGGUUAUUGGUAACUUUGUUAAACUUGAAACAGAAUUAGGUAAUGAUUUUUUUGCUACUGAUGUAGAAAAAUUUCUCAUAGAAUUUGGAAUGCUCCCAGAAAAUUAAGUAUGUAGUAACUAUUUUUUAUUUGUUGUGUUUUAGGAAUAAGAUAUUUUUUAGUUAACAAAAGUGGUGUUUUAAUUUUUUUUUUCAUUACUUAUUAUUGUAAUUUUAAUUAAGCUUCAAUAAGAAUUUUUCAAUUGUACUUACCAAAAUGUUAAUACAUUUCCUAACAAAAGUCAGUUUACCCUUUAGUGUUUAAUGUUAAAACUUAUUUAAUGGCUGGUUUUGGUAGAAAACAUCUACCUCCACAUAUCAAGGAGCUAAAGGUUGUCAAUGGCUAUGAAGUUAUUUUUGAAGUUCUAUUAUUUAAUAAAUUAUUGUAGACAAACAAUGUAUUUAGUAAAUUGUGCAAAGCAUUUAUUUAUAUGGCAAGAGAAACUUGUGGUUAAUGAUAAUUCAGUAUUACUUUUACUGCUUAUAUGGAAAAAUAAAUUAAACAAUUUUACA